AUGUCUCUCACUACGAAACUUCGUCGUAUCCGCAAGCCACCACCAGAAGGAUGGGAUCUCAUCGAACCAACACUGGAGGAAUUCGAAGCGAAGAUGAGGGAAGCGGAGACCGAUCCACAUGAAGGAAAGAGAAGAACAGAAACAUUAUGGCCUAUCUUUAGGAUUCACCAUCAACGGACAAGAUACAUCUAUGACCUGUUUUACAAGAGAGAAGCCAUUUCGCGAGAGCUCUACGAUUUCUGUCUUGCAGCGAAGAUUGCAGAUGCUCAAUUGAUUGCCAAAUGGAAGAAGCAAGGCUACGAAAAUCUAUGUUGCCUUAGGGAAACAAGAGAUACGAAUUUCGGGACCAAUUGUAUUUGUCGUGUCCCGAAGAGUAAACUCGAUGCGGAAAGGGUGAUCGAAUGUGUCCACUGUGGUUGUCGUGGUUGUUCUGGAUGA